AUGACUCAUGCUUAUACAAUUUAGAUAAUUAUUAUAAACGAUUUCUUUCCAGAAUAAAUAAUAGGAAUAAUAAAUAAUUUUUUUAAAUUUUAGGAAGAAAACAAACCAAUUUUUUAAUUUUUUAUAAUAGAAGUGCAUUUAAAUUAUCAAGUCAAUUUAACAAUAUAUUUAAGCUAAGUUUUCUUUAUAAAACUAUUUUACUAAAUUUUCUAAUACGUAAUAAAAUAGUAAAUAAAUAUAUAUUAAUCAUAUGAAAAACAAAAAAAAAGAAAAGAAAAAAAGGAACCUUUGAUAAAUUUUAGUUUACUGAAAACAAAAGCAAUUUAAUUUAUUAUUGCUCCAAUAAAAGCCAAUAAUAUUUCAAAUUUAUUAACUGAAUUCUUUUAAAUAUAGUAAAUAUGUAAUUAAAUAAUAACUGUGCUCAAAUUACAAAUACAAUUUUCAAAUUUGAUAAAAAAUAUCAUAGAAAAUGCUAAAUAUUUCUAUUAAAAGAAGGUUUAAAUAAGUUUAAAUAUUAAAUAUAAAUUUUAAAAGAUUUAAAUCGUAAUUUAUUUAAAAUUACUAAUCCUUUAAUAAUUCUUUUAGUAAUUUUAUUAAUUGAAAAAUUUCAUUUUUUAGUAAAGAUGA